AUGUCAGGUCUUGGUGGUGAUUUUGCCGUGCGCUUUGCACGAGAGACAUGGGCUCUAUAUGCCGUCGGUGUCCUGGGCGCUGUACUUCGAUACACUGCCCGUGUAAGGCGAUUAGGUCUCCGCGGUCUCCAGGCCGAUGAUUAUCUCAUGUUAAAUGCUGUGCUCUGGUAUACUAUUCUAUGUGUCGCCUUAAAUCAAGUGGCAUCAGGCGGAGGUUCGAAUUUGAUGACCGAUGAGGAAAAAGCACACAUCACCCCCGCCAUUCACGCCGAACGAGAAAAGGGCAGCAAAUGGGUGUUUGUCUCCGAGCAUGCUUUCAUUCUCUGUGUUUGGAGUUUGAAGGCAUGCAUGUUGGUGAUUUAUGCUCGUAUCACGGAGGGAUUGAAACAGCGCAAAUGGAUCAACUGGAUCGCCAUCUACGUUGUGGUUGGAUUUGUUGGUACCGAACUUUCUCUCUUCUUGAUAUGUCGCCCAUUAUCAGCCUACUGGGCGGUUCCUACGUCAAAUUAUCAAUGCUCAUCCUACCAAUACUACGAAAUUGUCCAAGGAUGUCUCUCCAUCUCAGCAGAUAUCUUCAUGUUGCUCGUUGCCAUUCCGAUGAUGGUCCAGGUGCGCGUUCCACUGAAGCAAAAAAUGAUCCUGGUCAUUCUAUUCGGAAUGGGUAUUUUCGUCAUCGUUUCCGCCAUCUUGAACAAGAUCUACUGCUUGGUCCCAUCGCUCAUUUCCUACGUCUACAUGAACUGGUACUUCCGUGAAGCCACCGUGGCGAUCCUGGUGACGAACUUGCCACUUGUUUGGUCGCUCCUCCGCGACGUCUUCCCCGCCCUGAAGAGCUGGACUGGAGGAUCGAAGAGAGGCACCGAUCGGUACAAGUCCCAACCGUGGACCAACAGCAAGAAUUCUCGACCCUAUGGGCCUCAGAGCCAGCUCCGCUCUGGAGAUUUUAAUAUGCAAGAUUUCCACACGGCAUCGGUCACCCCGACGAAGAGUGGCCCCGCUGUCUCCGAUAUCAGCUUAGAAGCCAGCGAUGACCGGGAUAUGAGCAGUGAUGAUGGGUCUGCGCGCGCUUUGCGGAUCCGGCAAGAUAUUACUGUCACGGUGGAACAUGAUUCCAGACCACCGAACUACGAGUCGAAUAACUCCCACGUCACCCGUGGGCACGAGUCUGUCUAA